AUGGCUGCAUGUGCCGAUGCCUAUCUGCAGGCCCUCCUGGCUUGCGACAUUUCCGUCAAGCCAGGGAAAGGAAGAGGGCGAGGGGCGUGCGUGUGGAGUUCCAGCGUCCGAGGCGACGCUCGCCUUGUUCGACGGGGCGGCGAGGCAGAGCUUCUUGCUGCGCUCAAGGGUCCAUAUUGGGUUGCCAACAUGGUACAGAUGGUCAAGUUCUCACAGGCGCUCGAGUCGGCCGUAUGGCACGGCGGACCAUUUGACCUGGCCAUCGAACUGGGGCCACAUCCGGCUCUCAAGGGCCCCGUCGAGCAGACGCUCAAGGCGGCUUAUGGUGCCGCGCCGCCGUAUGCUAGUCUCCUCAAGCGCAAAGCAAGCGAUGUAGCUGUCGUGCAAGAGGCCAUCGGGUCCGUCUGGUCCCAGCUUGGACCGGCGCAUGUCGAUUUUGAUGGUUUCCGCGGCAUAUGGAGUGAGAGCAAUACGUCUAUCAUGACACCCAAGUCAUUACUCGCGGAUCUGCCCGGCUACGCGUGGGAUCACGACCGGGUAUACUGGCGUGAGUCGCGCAUCUCGGCGCGGUACCGUACCCUCGCUGACACGGCACACGAGCUCUUGGGCCGACGGAUGCCCGAUGACAACGAUCACGAGCUGCGGUGGCGCAACGUCCUGCGUCUGCGUGAAAUCCCUUGGGUGAAGGGGCACGAGGUGCUUCGCGAGGUUCUGUUGCCCGGCGCCGCGUACGUCUCCAUCGUAGCCUAG